AUGGUCGAUUCCACGACCGUUUUUGAUUACAUGUCAUCUUUAGAUGCUAUGUCUGGUUAUCACCAAAUACCCAUGGACAGGUCAGAUGAGGAGAAGACCUCAUUCAUAACGGAGGAUGGGACUUACUGUUACAGGGCUAUGCCCUUUGGGCUAAAAAAUGUUGGAGCAACAUAUCAAAGGUUGAUGAAUAAAAUUUUCAAGGGGCACAUAGGAAGAAAUGUGGAGGUGUAUGUAGAUGAUAUGGUGGUAAAAAGCCAAACCUUUCAGCAGCACAUGGCAGACCUAAAAGAAGUAUUCGGAGUGCUAGAGCAGUACAAAAUGAGGCUAAAUCCGGCUAAGUGUGCUUUCUUCAUUAGAGGGGGAAAAUUUUUGGGAUACAUGGUCAACGGAAAGGGAAUUGAGCCAAAUCCAGAGAAGGUAGAAGCCAUAUUGAGAAUGCCUGAACCAAUCUGCGUGAGAGAUGUACAGAGACUCACAAGAAGAGUGGUAGCACUUGACCGAUUUAUGUCAAAAUUUGCAGAAAGGUGCCUACCAUUCUUCAAGAAGCUGAGGAAGGUCCCAAACUUCGAGUGGACUGAGGACUGCCACAGUGAGGAAAUUCAGAGUGUAUCUCGAAGGCCAUCAAGGAGUAGUGAUGACGGACCAGCCUUUAAAGAAGAUCCUCCACAGGCCCAAAAUGUCAGGACAGAUUCUGGCUUGGCAGAGCUCAAUAAGAAACCUUCAGAAGCAAUGGAGGAAGAGAGCGAAAGGCAACCCUCGCGAGAAUUUAGCUGGAAACUAUAUGUAGAUGGGGCAUCAAGCGCUGGGGGUAGCGGUGCAGGAGUAAUGUUGAAGGGACUAGAAGGGUUCAAAGUUUAUUAUGCCCUACGACUAGAAUUCAGUGCCUCCAAUAACAUAGCAGAGUACGAAGCCCUGAUAAACGAAAUGCUGAUAGCAAUGGAGAUAGGGGCAACCGACCUUGAAAUAAACAGUGACUCCCAGCUGGUAGUCAACCAAAUAAUGGGGGCAUAUCAAGCGAGGGACCCUACUAUGCUGAAAUACUUAGCGAAAGUAAAAGCCAUUGAAGCAGAGCUCGGCGAGCAGGGAGUCAAUGUUGAAGAAGGGCAAAGUUGGAUGACCUCGUAUUUGGAAUAUUUAGAGAAAGGAAAACUCCCAGAAGAUAAAGCAGAAGCAAGAAAAAUAGCAGCCCGAGCUCCCAAUUAUCAAGCAAUAAGAGGCACAUUGUACAAAAGAGGGAGAUCUAGCCCAUGGCUUCAAUGCGUAGGCCCAGAAGAGGCAACCAGGGUUAUGGAAGAGAUUCAUCAAGGAAUAUGCAGGGCUCAUGAAAGAGCAGGGACAUUGGCGAAUAAAAUUUUUAGGCAGGGAUACUACUGGCCUACAGUCAAGAAGGAAACAUAA